CAGCUGCGUUUGAUCUCCGGCGGUAAACAGUCAACAUGGCUGCCUCCGUGAGGAGAGCAGCUCACGACAUAGAAACGCGAAAACGGACCGACGAUGUGCUUCUGUCGGAGGGGAUCGACUUCAGCUCCCUGCUGCUGUCUCGGGCCGUGCUGGACGGACUGUCCGCCGCAGGCUUUCAGAAACCCUCCCCGAUCCAGCUCAAGGCGAUCCCGCUGGGCCGCUGCGGACUUGAUUUGAUCGUACAGGCGAAGUCUGGCACGGGGAAGACAUGUGUGUUCUGCACCAUCGCCCUGGACUCUCUGAUCCUGGAGAAUCCUGGAACUCAGGUUCUUGUCUUGGCUCCUACACGUGAGAUAGCGGUGCAGAUCCACUCCGUAGUGAUGGCCAUAGGCUGUGCCAUGGAGGGCCUUGAGUGCCAUGUCUUCAUCGGAGGCAGGCCUGUGAGUCAGGACAAACCCCAUCUGAAGAAGUGCCAUGUAGCUGUGGGCUCACCUGGUCGUAUCAAGCAGCUUAUCGAGCUGGGCAUGUUGUCCACCGCCAGCAUCAGACUGUUUGUUCUGGAUGAGGCAGACAAGCUGCUGGAGGAAGGCAGCUUCCAGGAACAGAUAAACUGGAUCUUUUCCUCUCUGCCUGUGAACAAACAGAUGCUCGCACUCUCCGCCACCUACCCAGAAUCCCUCGCUCAGCAUCUUACCCGCUACAUGAGAGAGCCCACGUUUGUGAGACUCAAUCCAGGUGACAUGGGCCUUAAAGGUCUGAAGCAGUAUUACAAGCUGGUGCAGUCCCAUCCACUAGCUCACAAGGUUUUCGAGGAGAAGGUGCAGCACUUGAUGGAGCUUUUCAGUAAAAUCCCAUUCAACCAGGCCCUGGUGUUCUCCAACCUACACACAAGGGCUCAGCACCUGGCAGACAUCCUGUCCUCCAAAGGAUUACCUGCUGUUUGUAUCUCAGGUGGUCUGAGUCAGGACCAGAGACUGGAGGCGAUGUCAAAACUGAAGCAGUACCAAUGCAGGGUCCUCAUCUCCACUGACCUGACUUCCAGAGGUAUAGAUGCAGACAAAGUAAACUUGGUGAUAAACCUGGAUGUGCCGCAGGACUGGGAGACCUAUAUGCACCGAAUCGGACGGGCGGGGCGCUUUGGCACUCAGGGGCUGGCGGUGACCUACUGUUGCCAUGGUGAAGAGGAAAACAAGAUGAUGGCUAUUGCUCAAAAGUGCGGCCUGAGUUUGUCUGCGUUGCCAUCCAUCAUAGAGCCAGGGUUGAUGAAUGAGCCGUGUGACUGGGAUGUCUGCACUGAGGCUGCCACUCCGGGCGCCUUAUCCCAGCUCUCCUCCAGGACCGAUAAGAAGAGGCGUACCAGGUUGGUCACGGAUCAAGCUCUAGAGCACAGUGGACAAAGAAAGCCACAGAGGAUCCAUCCAGCUCCAGAACUGGGAGAACACAGCAGACAAAGAAAGCCACAGAGGAUCCAUGCAGCACCAGAACUGGUAGCACACAGCGAAGAGAAUCCUAGAAAAGUGUCUCCUGCAAAGGACACUCGUCCGCAGAGUCCUCCUCAGGCGGCGCCCACUCGAAAAGAGCUGCAAGACGCUCUGCCAAAGAUCCCUCCUCUCAGCUCGUUCAAGAGUUGUAGGUCGACGUUUAUGACCUUUGAGGAGGCUGAGCGGGACUUCCACAGCUUCAUUACCACAGGAUUGGGGAGAUCAGUGGAGGUCAUCAGGGAGUUCAGAGGUCGAGAGGACAGUGGCCCCGAUGAGCAGAAUGGGCAUAGAGAAUCUGUCACACUUGGUGAUGACGGUGCUCUUAGUUUAAAACUUGGAAAACGGUGGAAAUCUGACUUUUCUUGUCCAAGGUCAACCCCAAGUUCUUCAACCUCAAAAUCUGAGUGCGAUGGUGAAUAUAAAGCAAACACUGAGCCUCAGACUGAAGCUAGACAAACACCCACUGUGUCCAAAACAAAGGCAGAGACAACCAAAUCUAAAGCUUAUGCUUCCUCUGCACCUCAAAUAUAUCCCCAGACAACCUGUGCAUCAAAUGAGAGAGCUUUGUCUCAGCCCUACAAAUCUGUAGCAGACGUUAAGUCGAGCAGGCGACCCAGUCCGACCGGCAGGAACGAAUCAAGAAAGAUUAAAGAAGAGAUUGAGGAACGAGGCAAAAAGACUUCAGAGAAAAUGAAUGUAGAGCAAAAUGAGAUGGAAUGGGAUGAAGGAGAACACGAUGAUGAUGAUGAUGAUGAUGAAGAAGACGAAGAUGAGGAAGAGGAGUGGAGUGCUGAAAUGUACUGGAGAGCCAGCUACAGAGCCUGGAAUGAUUACUAUGCCUCCAUGUCUCCUUUUCAAGAGCAAGGUUACCAAAGUUACUACAGCGCAGCACACAACUGGAUGGCAGCUUAUCGUAUGAAUGCUGUCUACAUGGAAGAACUCCGGAAGUACUGACUGGUCUAAUACUGUUAAUCAGGACGUUCAGACGGGCUGGAGAUAUGUGUCUGAAUGCCUCCUAAAAAAAAAAAAAAAGACACUUAAUUAGGAUGGACUUGAGUACAAAUGCACUUUUGGUCCAACACAUUGCACUUAAAUGUCUUGAGUGUGUAUUUUUCAACGAAUGUCCCAAUCACUUGUCUAAUAAAUUUCCAGUACGGAGCAUGUA